AUUUUGUCAAGAAGGCAGCAUGGUGCAUAGUCCAAAACAUACAUCUCUUUUCCGUAAAGUAAAAGUUUUAAUUAUCUAACGAAUUUUCAUUGGAAAGGUAGAUAAAGCGUUUUAUUUAAAGCAAACACUUUUGCAUGAGAAACCCAGAAUCCUACUAAUUUGCUACACGUACUUAAUUACAUCACUUUUGUUUUGAGCCGACAUCGCCGAGUGCAAUUAACUUUCAGCCGAUGAAAAACAUGCCUACACGGGCCCCCGGGUGAGUUCAUUCGAACACCCUCAUUUUGGUAUGCCUAGCUGGGCUACUUUCAUUGGCUGUUGGUCCCGCCUCAUUUUCGGUUUUCUGGAUGUUCAUUGCUCAAACUAGACAGCCAUCGUGUUUACUGCCGACGUCAUUUAGGCGCUCGAACUCGGUAAUGAUGUUGUGGUUAUCCAUGCCUCUCAUUCGGUGCUUGUGUCUGAAGAUAUCCUUUUGACCAGUCUGCCUUGCAUGGAGUUGCGCGCUGAUGGCAACCGUGGAGAUGUCGGAGAUUAAAGGUAAAGAUGAGGAGCCUUUGGAAGGCGACGGCGAUUACGAAAGUUUACCACCUCAUGCCUCAUUGACAAUCCACAUGACAGCAGGAGCAGUGGCUGGAAUCCUGGAGCACACGGUGAUGUACCCCGUGGACUCUGUCAAGACCAGGAUGCAGAGUUUGCAGCCAGACCCGAAGGCUCAGUACAGCAGUGUAUACGAGGCCCUGAGAAGGAUCAUCCAAACGGAGGGCCUCCUCAGACCCUUGAGGGGCCUCAACAUCACCAUGCUGGGGGCUGGCCCUGCCCACGCCCUCUACUUUGCCUGCUACGAACGGGUCAAGUGCACACUCAGCGAAGUAAUUCAGAAUGGAGGCAACAGCCACAUAGCAAAUGGACUGGCAGGCUGUGUGGCCACUGUGCUGCAUGACGCAGUCAUGAACCCAGCUGAAGUGGUGAAACAGCGGAUGCAGAUGUACAACUCUCCCUACCGGAACCUGUUGGACUGUGUUCGGACUAUACGACAUACUGAGGGGCUCGCAGCCUUUUACCGCAGCUACAGCACACAGCUGGCCAUGAACAUUCCCUUCCAGGCUGUCCACUUUAUGACCUAUGAACUGAUGCAGGAGCGGCUCAACCCCCACAGACAGUACCACCCCGGCAGCCACAUACUGUCUGGGGCUGCGGCGGGAGCUGUGUCGGCAGCGAUAACCACCCCGCUGGAUGUGUGUAAGACCCUGCUCAACACACAGGAGAACGUAGCGCUCAGCUCCAUGCACAUCAGUGGUCAUCUCACAGGCAUGGCCAAUGCCUUCAGGACAGUGUAUCGCUUUGGCGGCAUGGCUGCCUUCUUCAAAGGGAUCCAGGCCCGUGUCAUAUACCAGAUGCCCUCCACUGCAAUUGCCUGGUCAGUCUAUGAGUUCUUUAAGUACUUCCUGACCAAGCAGCAGAUGGAGGGAGAGGCUGGGACAGCAGGCCCAGUCUGAGGAAGGGCUGUGGACGGGUUCGACCAUCCACCACACGUAUUCUGGAAGCUCCUGGCUCUCCAAUGGAAUCCAUGCCAAACGUCUCAUCGUGUACACAAUGUCUGGUUCAUAAUUUAUGUAUGUGUGCUGUUGUGUAAUAAUCUGUGUUUUCUCAAAGGGAAGUCACUGCAAUGGAGGAAGUUUGAAAGACUUGCUGCGGGAGUGGUAGACUGUGGCACUCCUUACCCUUCUUACGUACUCAGCAAGCCCUUCCAUUGUACAGUGUCAUUCGUUAGAGGAGUGGAGGCUGUUACAUGAACAGGAAAUGAACAGAGAUGGCUUGUCUUUCCAUUAAUGCAGAGAAAAGGGCAUCUUCAUAUGGCAACAGGCCCUUUUCACAAAUCACCUGUUCACUACGCGCACAACACUCCCAACUUUGUCUAUCUCUAGUGAUUGUGUUUGGCUGCAUUCAUACAGUAUGUAUACUGAACAAAAAUAUAAAUGCAAUUUCAACGAUUUUACUGAGUUACAGUUCAUAUAAGGAAAUCAAUCAAUUGAAAGAAAUUCAUUAGGUCCAAAUCUAUGGAUUUCACAUGACUGAGCAGGGGUGCAGCCAUUGGUGGGCCUGGGAGGGCAUAGGCCCACUCAUUGGGGAGCCAGGCCCAGCCAAUCAGAAUGAGUAUUUCCCAACAAAAGGGCUUUAUUACAGUCAGAAAUACCACUCAGUUUCAUCAUCUGUCCGGGUGGCUGGUCUCAGACAAUGCUGCAGGUGAAGAAGCCAGAUGUGGAGGUCCUGGGCUGGCGUGGUUGCACGUGGUCUGCGUUUGUGAGGCCUGUUUGCGUACUGCCAAAUUCUCUAAAACGUCGUUGGAGACGGCAUAUGUUAGAGACAUUUUAACAUGCAAAUCUCUGGCAACAGCCCUGGUGGACAUUUCUUCAGUCAGCAUGUCAAUUGCAUGCUCCCUCAACUAGAGACAUCUGUGGCAUUGUGUUGUAUGACCCUUUAUUGUCCCCAGCACAAUGUGCACCUGUUUUAAUUGAUAUGCCACACCUGUCGGGUGGAUGGGAUUAUUUUAGCAAAGGAGAAGUGUUCACUAACAGGGAUGGAAAGAGAUUUGUGCACAUUUGUGCUUUUUCGUGCAUAUGGGGGAAAAAAUGGGAUGUUUUAUUUCCGCUCAUGAAACAGAGGACCAGCACUUUACAUGUUGCGUUUAUAUUUUUGUUCAGUGUAGAUCUGAUAUGGGGAACUCUUUUUUUUUUUUUUUUUUUUUUAAAUGUACUUUUCAGUGCUUGUAUUUUAUGGAUUCAGAAGAGACACGUGGCUUUUUGCUUGAUUUUCUUGUGUAUUUAUAAAGGACUGUUUGAACACAUUCCUGAGUCUCGCUGCACAGUAAACACAGAACAAUUGCGCUUUCAAAGUGCCUCUUUAGUAAUGAAGUCCGCUACAAGCUAAGCUUUUUGUGUUGUUCAGGACCUAAAUAGAUUGGACUGAUCAUUAUUUCCAUGAUCAUAAUCAUUGUUUGCCAUUAAAAGGGCUUAUCAUUCUGUGGUUUGAAUCUCAAAUGGUCUUUUAAAUGUUAACUCUGGAAGCCAGAUUUGAUCAAUCAUAGCAAGAAACCACCCAUGUCAAAACCAGAUGUACUGAAAUGGUACCAUAUUGUUAUUUUUUCCUUGGUCAGAAGGUUGUCUGAGCUGAACCUUUCAAGAUUAGGGAUAUUUUCUAUUCUGUGUUAGAAAUUGGCUCAACCCCCAAAUGUUGGAUAUUUUCACUUUAGAUUGGUCUUCAUUCAAACCAUAAUGACAAUUACUACAAUACUGAAUGAACACUUAUUUGAACUUAAUACAUAAUUAAAAUCAAUUUAGCCUCAAGUAAAUAAUGAAACAUGUUCAAUUUGGUUUAAAUAAUGCAAAAACAGUGUUGGAGAAGAAAGUAAAAGUGCAAUAUGUGCCAUGUAAGAAAGCUAACGUUUCAGUUCCUUGCUCAGAACAUGAGAACAUAUGAAAGCUGGUGGUUCCUUUUAACAUGAGUCUUCAAUAUUCCCAGGUAAGAAGUUUUAGGUUGUAGUUAUUAUAGGAAUUAUAGGACUAUUUCCCUCUACCAUUUGUAUUUCAUUAACCUUUGACUAUUGGAUGUUCUUAUAGGCACUUUAGUAUUGCCAGUGUAACAGUACAGCUUCUGUCCCUCUCCUCGCUCGAACCAGCAACACAAUAACAAUUAGCGCACGCUAACUAGCUAGCCAUUUCACUUCGGUUACAGGAGCCUCAUCUCGGUAGUUGAUAGGCUUGAAGUAAUAAACAGUGCAAUGCUUGACGCACAACGAAGAGCUGCUUGCAAAAUGCGCAAACGUGCUGUUUGAAUUCAUGUUUACGCGCCUGCUUCUGCCUACCACCGCUCAGUCAGAUACUUAGAUACUUGUAUGCUCAGUCAGAUUAUAUGCAACGCGUACCUCCCAUACUCAAGAUUGCAGUAGUUUAGUUUUAGUAAUUUUGUUUUAACCACACAGUGAAGUGAGUCGGGCCUCGUUUUCCUGAGGUUACUGGAAUCCCUCAACGUAAUGGCCCAAAUAUUAGUCUUGUUUGAGCACGGUAGUAGGCCUAUGCACUGGAAUCACACACAAUGAUCAAGAGUGUUAGUGUAAAUUGUAUAACAAUCUUCUAUGUUUAAGAGAAUAAGCUUUUAAAAAAUAUUUUUAGGCAAGCCCUUUAAGCAUUGGAUUCUGUCUGUGACAGUGAGACAAGUACUAAUGGUUGACCAGAUGAGCUGUUUGUUCUCUGGCAUGUUUUAGCCACGAACUGUGCUCUCCCUCUUCCCAGCAUCUUGGCUCAGUGUUUUCUGUUCCAAGACGAGAUAUUUAUCCACACAUUGCUGUAACCAAAAAGCUGCGAGAUUUGUUUGUUUUUAAAUAAAUGCUUGUUUUAUUUUCAUUCACCAAUGAAGUAUAAAGUUCUAUGAGAUCUCCAAAGAUCAGUCCCUCAAAUGUAGGCUAAUUCAUUCCUUGUUUAAAAAUCCUAAAGAUAAUGCAUUGUUUGAUUCCACUCACAAACCUGUAUUUUUGAAGUUAGUGGUGAACCUACCUGUGAAAUAAUAAUAAAUUAAAGGACUGCUUAUUGGCAGUCCUUUAAUUCCAAGCAUAAUCUCCAGCCAAAAUAUCUUUAGCAUCUUUUUCUUUGGAUUUCUUCAUUAAAGCUUGUAAUUUAGCUGUCUCGUGGCUUAUUGCCUUAUGUUUGAAAAGUAUCUGUGGGUGCCUCAGCAUUUUUAUGAAGGGAAGCGAUAUGAUAAUUUCUUCUCCAAAUGUACUGUAUCUGUGGAGGCUGAAGUGUUUGGUGGUAUGGGAUAUUUUAGUCUGAACUGGGAGGACCAGGUAGAGAGAAGUUGGCACAGUACAUUACUGUUUUUUAAAUUUAAAUUGUCACUCUUAAUUUGAGCCUUUUCUGUGUGUGUUUUGUAGAAUUACACCUAUGUUUUUGUUAAAUAUCACAGCUAUUGUUUAUGUAAAUGUAAACAAAUAUGCAACACAUUUAGGUUGAUUAAAUUCAAGCUUUUUUACACUUA